CGGAGGGCUCGGUGCUCUGCCCGUCGUGCCUGGCAAGCGAGGCGCCCCUUCACCUAGCCGUCGCAGUCGCUGCCCUGAGCCGGAGCGGAGCAGGCGGAGAGAUGGCCUCGCAGCCGCCGCCGCCCCCCAAACCCUGGGAGACUCGCCGCAUUCCCGGGGCCGGCCCAGGGCCGGGCCCCGGCUCCACUUUCCAAUCUGCUGAUUUGGGCCCUACUUUAUUGACAAGACCUGGACAACCAACACUUACCAGAGUGCCCCCACCCAUUCUUCCCAGGCCAUCCCAGCAGACAGGGAGCAACAAUGUAAACACUUUCAGACCUGCUUACAGUUCAUUUUCUUCUGGAUACGGAGCCUACGGAAAUUCAUUUUAUGGAAGCUAUAGCCCUUAUAGUUAUGGAUACAAUGGUUUGGGCUUUAACCGCCUCCGUGUAGAUGAUCUUCCUCCCAGUAGGUUUGUUCAGCAAGCUGAAGAAAGCAGCAGAGGUGCAUUUCAGUCCAUUGAAAGUAUUGUGCAUGCCUUUGCCUCUGUCAGCAUGAUGAUGGAUGCUACUUUUUCAGCCGUUUAUAACAGUUUCAGGGCUGUAUUGGAUGUAGCAAAUCACUUUUCCCGGCUAAAAAUACACUUUACAAAGGUUUUUUCAGCCUUUGCAUUAGUUAGGACUAUAAGAUAUCUUUAUAGACGGUUACAGUGGAUGAUGGGUUUAAGAAGAGGCUCUGAGAAUGAGGACCUGUGGGCAGAAAGUGAAGGAACUGUGGCCUGCCUUAGUGCCGAGGACCAAGCAACUAACUCAGCAAAAUCUUGGCCAAUAUUCCUGUUCUUUGCUGUUAUCCUUGGUGGUCCUUAUCUCAUCUGGAAACUUCUAUCUACACACAAUGAUGAAGUAACAGACAACACAAACUGGGCAAGUGGUGAGGAUGACCAUGUAGUUGCAAGAGCAGAAUACGAUUUUGUUGCGGUGUCUGAUGAAGAGAUUUCUUUCCGUGCUGGUGAUAUGCUAAAUUUAGCCCUCAAAGAACAACAGCCCAAAGUGCGUGGUUGGCUUCUGGCUAGUCUUGACGGUCAAACAACAGGACUUAUACCUGCAAAUUAUGUCAAAAUCCUUGGUAAAAGAAGAGGCAGAAAAACAAUAGAAUCUUUGAGUACCAUGCCCAAGCAACAACAGUCUUUUACCAACCCAGCAUUAAUUAGAGGAGUCACUACCACCAAUUCUUUGGAUGAACAGGAAGCUGCCUUUGAAUCUGUUUUUGUUGAAACUAACAAAGUUUCUGGUGUACCUGAUUCUACAGGGAAAAAUGGAGACAAACAAGAUCUUUGAUGUGUUUCAUGUUUGUGGGCAGGCGAACAAUAUUUUAGAGUAUUUUUAAAAAUUAUUUCUUACAGAGAAAUUAAUUUGCAGUUGAAUGAAAGCAUUUGCUCAUGGCUGUGCCAGGUGUUCGGCUGCUAGACGUUAUGUCGUCCCACGCUGGCUGCUGGUCGAGUGACUUGGCUACACUUGACUGUCUCGUGGACCAUGAGGACAUUUUCACCUAGCUUUAAGAUUAUGGAGAUAGUUGUCAGCUCCAUCUUAUCUCAAUCCCUGGGCUUAUUGGAACAGUAGAACACACACGUUGCCUCAGAAGGGAUCACUAAUGCUUUUUAAAGUUCUGAGUUAGUUGACUUGAAGUCUUCAAAAAUUGAGUGAUAACAUCUACUUAUAAGAACAGACAAAAGGUUAAAUUUUUUUAACCUUAUAAAUAAACUAAAUAAUAAAAAUUUUCUGAUCUAUAUUAUGUCCGGUGUUGAGUUUACUUUAGGUGAAAUGUUUUUACCAGCAAAUAAUUGAUACUAUUAUCUUUUAUUGUAUUUAUAAAAGUGUGUUGUUAAGAGGUCACUGGAAGUACUGUGAAGGAGAUGGUUCUGAAUGACAGCUUUUUUUUGUUUUGUUUUGUUUGUUUUUGUUUUUGUUUUUUGAGACGGUUUCUCUGUGUAGCCCUGGCUGACCUGGAACUCACUCUGUAGACCAGGCUGGCCUCGAAUUCAGAAAUCCGCCUGCCUCUGCCUCCCAAGUGCUGGGAUUAAAGGCGUGCGCCACCACCGCCCGGCUUGAAUGACAGCUUCUUAACCUCUUUACAGCAUCACAAGGUCUCAUCCUGAGAGAAUCAGUAUAUAACUGGAUCUCAUCCUGAGUGGAUCACAGUAUAUAACUGGAUCUCAUCCUGAGAGAAUCAGUAUAUAACUGGAUCUCAUCCUGAGCAGAUCACAGUAUAUAACUGGAUCUCAUCCUGAGCAGAUCACAGUAUAUAACUGGAUCUCAUCCUGAGAGAAU